AUGAACACGCAAGCUCACACAACUCCAGCUGCUUCCGUGCGAGUGUACACGUCUCCACCCAAGAACACGCAAGUUUACACGCUUCCUGCUGUUUCCACACAAGCUUACACAUUUCCAGCUGUGUCCACGCGAGCUUAUGCAUCUCCAGCCCUAUCCACGCAAGCCCCCACGCUUCCAGCCGUGUUCGCGCCUCCACCUGCAUCAAUGCAAGUUUACACGCGCCCAGUCGUGUCAACCCAGCCGACAGCGUUUCCUGCGACAUUCCUGUAUGUUGGUGUAUCCCAAGCCACGUCCACGCAAGCUUCCUUGGUUUCAUCCUCCUCCUUGCAAGUUCCUAGAUUGCCAGAGACGUCUUCGCGCGUAUCUUCAUUUCCAGUUGGUCCUCCAAUGUCUUCGGCUCCGGCUGAUACAGCUGACCUUACCGGUAUGCGUGUUGCACAUAGUCAUGAUUCUGUGGUUCCUUAUCUCCUGGCCACCGGUUUAAGUGCUGCAGUUCAAAGUGAUAAUCAUACUGCCGUCCCUAGUGUUGUAGCCCCUUCACAGCGCCUUUUGCCUACUCCACAGCCUGUCGGCGGAAACCUUCUUGCUAUGAUCACUUGUACCAUGGAGAAAAUGAAUGCUGAUCAUGGUCUACCGGCUCUGCAAGUUGUCAACAAGGAGUUGAUGAAUGAGCCUGUCUCGUUGUCCUGUGGACAUAGUGCAUGCAAGGCCUGUUUACUGGAGAGUAUCGCAAAUCAAAGAAAAACCUGUCCCCUYUGCCGUGUGAUUCUUGACGCCUCCAAUUUAAAUCCGAAUAUCGCUGUAAAAGCGAUGAUAUCCAAAAUUAAUGUGCGCUGCACAAAUGGCGGCUGCUCAUGGACUGGGCAGCAUAGCGAUAAAGAAAGGCACUGUGACACCUGCCCGUUUAUGUUAGUGGAGUGCCCAAAUGGUUGUAUCGGGAACCGACAGCGCUCUGCAUUGGACGAGCACCUGGCGGCAUGCCCUUAUGAAAAGGUUUCAUGCAUGUUCUGUAGUGUGGGAGUACCGAGAUUUCAUCUCGACGUUCACGUGGAAAACUGUGCGCAAGGCCCUCUGCUAUGUCCGCUUCAGUGCGGAGAGAGAUUACCGAGGUAA